AUGGGGAAAAAGAAAAAUGCGACAAAACCGCUGACGCAAGAAGAAAUAUGGGAUGAUUCUGCGCUCGUCCGGACCUGGGACGAGGCUGUCGAGGAGUACAAGCUCUAUCAUAGCAUCCAUGCUAAGGGUGAGAAUGUUGAGGAUAUCCUGAGACAGGCGGAGGCGGGGGAAUCUGGGCAGAGGAUUGGUCCGGUUGAAGAGGAGCAGCCUGAAGAGCAGGAGCAGCAGAUGGAGACUAAUGAUGUUGAGGCUCCGGAGAUUGUUCCUGAUGAAGCUGGACGGGAUAUGCCAGAGGAAACUACAGAAUCGUAUCAACCUCCUGAAGCAAAUCCUAUUGCUGAGGCUGGAACUGGGACGGCUCCUGCUGCCGCACCCACGAUGCCUCAGCCAGUGUUAUCAUCAGUUCAAGAUGAAGGACUAAAGAACCUGAUGAUGUCCUGGUAUUAUGCCGGAUACUAUACGGGACUCUAUGAAGGCCAGCAGAAAGUGAACGCGAGCCGGAACGCAAACUCGUGA